AUGGGCAAAGCAGUCAGCGGUGUUCUGAAGAGGCACCUCGAACCAUAUCCGUUGAAGGCGACUGCCACGCUGCCACUUUAUGGCUAUCUAGCGAACAGAUCCCCGCAACAGGCCCUCACGUUGGUCUAUGAGCACUGCGACAGAGUUCGAGCUGCAGCCCGAGCCCAAACUCGAUCCUGGUACGAACUACGAGCGGGACAGAAAUCCUUUGAUCUCAUCCGGGUCCUGAUGGUCAGGCAGAUUCGAGCCAUUGCCCGCAGUCCGAGACACCUCACUGAGGAGAGUGAUCUGCAUCUACUACAGCGCCUACGGCUGCCUCAAAUACAUGAGAUGCUACUUCAGGUCCACAGUCGAGUCGUUGAGGCUUCCACUUCUUUGCGUCAGAUCCUUAGUCCACAAGAUGUACGUCUCACGCAGGAGAUCGUCCAGCGUGAGUGUCGGCUACUUGAGGUUUUCAGGCAACUUGUUGCUACGGAUGCAAAGGCAGAUGGCGCACAGAACAGGCUCACUUGCGAACACUGCGGACAAUCCUUUGACAAUGAUGCAGCCCUGCGACAACACAAAGGUCGUAUGCACAGCAAGGACAGAAUGGCGGCGGCACCCACGGUCUUCGACAGGCAACAACAUGGCACUGACGGCAUGCCGCGUUGCCGUGGAUGCGGGCAUCCCUUCGCUAGGUGGGCGGACCUUCAGACGCACAUCGAAGAGAACCACCGCCAAGGCAAAAUCCAGGCGGAAGCGCCCACCCCUGAAGAGCGGCCCUCCGUUCUGCAACAGGCUCGUGCUGGCGCGCUACAUGUGCAGUCGAUCACUCUGUCCAUGCUGACGGAAGAGCUUAGGCAGGAGCUGCUCUCACAUUGUGCGUGUUGUAGACAGUGGAUGCCCAACUCCAGAUACGUCAAGAUACACUGGAAUCGAGUGCACAAAGCUGAAUCCCAACAGUUUCAGGCUCGUACACUUCAGUGGCGUCGUCUUUCUUUUGAGCCUAUCAAAAACACCUGUCCUUGGUGUCAGGGACCAACUGCGGACCGCUCGGAUCAUCGGGGAACCUGUCCGGUCCUCUUUCAGCUCAAUAUGGUUCGGGCCAUUAUCCUGUGCACAGACGAGGCGGAAUCUCCGGAGGCUGAGGCAUUGAUGCCGGACAUGACUCUUCCGGCAAAGGACGCCAUACCGUCAUGGAACAUGGAGUGUAUGCUGUGCCGCGAGUCGUGCACUGCCAGAGGGGUGCGCAAACAUUUGGAUCAGAAGCACCGUGCGGUUUGGAAUCAGGCUCAACCUAAAGUGGACUUGCUUUGCGCGGCCUGGGCAAAGGGACUUGAAACCAAGUGUCAGUUUUGCAACAGUACGUACAACAAGCGCAAUCGGCAUGCCAUCACUUGUCCUCCUGUUACACAGACUGCGCUGGCGCGAGUGUUGAGCCAUACCUCAGCCCCGGCAACGAGCGCACCCCCGACUGAUGGCGACUGCAAUGACCCCCGGAGCAGCACAGGCGGCGAUUCGACGAUUCAGGAGGUGUUCGGAUCCUUGGUUGCGGAGAACGGGCCGCUGAUGGACAUCGGAGCGGGCUUACACAUGGGCAAGCGCAACUCGGAGAAUCCACAGGGACCCACAACGAGCCGACCAGCCAAAACGGGCCGCCUCAACAACGGCCAAAAGGGCGGGCGCGGCAAAGGAGGGCGACCGUGGCAUCAGCAGGGCAGACGCUUUGACCUAUUGCGACUCCUGUCUUCGAUCAUCAUGCGACACGAAGACCAGUUGAAGAUUCUGAGACAAUCAACGGGAUGGGUGUUGUUCGCAAAGACAGCAUCCCCGACCAUUGUACCGGGGAUCAUCAAGGCCUCCAUGAAGUGGAAGGCCGAGGUAGUCAAGCCGGACUGCAAGUUCGCUCACGUGAGCUUGCGGGCAAUCCUCUUCUGGAAUCUGGUGGAGCAGAUGUUAGCGGUGCUGCAGGGUCUUACGCAGGAGAUGAAGGCCAAGGCUGUGGAAGAGGGGUGGAUGAACAGAGCGGGAGCGUGGGUGUUUCAGGAGUGGUCGCACGAGAAACACUGCCUACAGGUCGACAGCACAAGGGAUCCAACAACGACAGAGGAGCUCCUCAACAUUCUGCGCGAGCUGAAGACUCUCGCGACCUCGGAGGUGAAAGGAGGUGGCGCACCGUUUCUACGUGUUGUUGGAAGCUCUUCAAGGACAGGCCUCCCUUCAACUGUGCGGUGUCCAACUACGCAAAGAGGGCUUUCGGAGAUCACCGGCGGUGCAGAAGCUGGCAGAGAUGCUUCGCUGAGGACGCUCAUCCUGCGCAACCCUUCCAAUUACUGCUACAUGAACUCAGUGGCGCGGAGCUUAUUAUGGACCAUUGUGCAGGAUCCUACGCUUGAUGGCUCCUUCGGCAGCGCCGGGCUCACCUUUCUUAAGAAACUACUCCAACACAACCAACAACCCGUGUUCAUUGCAGGUCAAUUGAUGUUCAACUUCGCUCUCCGGGGAUGGAGGUCACCGGCAAUACAACACGAUUGUGCAGAGUUCUUUUCACACAUCAUUGACCGCUUGGGCAUCACAGCAUUUGAAGGUGAGUGGGAAGCACGUACAAUGGUUGAGGACUCUCCGGGACAGUUUCGAUGUGAGUGCUCUGAUACUGGUCAGUGUACGGAGUCGAUUUCAGUCGACCUACCUGAGGGGCGAGUGCAUACUGCUCAGUAUCUCCUACAUUGCUGGCACACGCAAGCUCGCCCGCAUGCCUUGAAGGUCGCACCGGCUCUGUUGCUGCUGCGCUUUUCUCGAUAUGUACAGGCGGGCCGAAGGAUCAGACAACGUGCCUGUAAGAUUACUUGGCCGCGGCAGCUUCACCUGCCGCUUUUCAGGGGGAAUGAUGAUCUUACAUCAGGCACGAUCGCCUAUGAUGUGCUGGCAGCCAUUUCACAUCAUGGUCCCACCCUGAGUGCGGGACAUUAUACAACUUUGCUCCAUGCGGCAGGGGGCGACCUUCAUUGCGAUGACAAUACCGCGCACAACGGAGUCCGGCCCUUUGGUGGUCGGGUGAAUGCGAUCUUCUUCUUUUCGGGGAUCCACAACUCUGCCAGCACAGGGAUAUUUGCUCUCAGUGCAAAAUCAGUGGAGCUUGCUAAUGCCUUCAGUGCGACCGUGCAUCAGCGUUUCCAGCUUUUUCAUUCGUAUUGCGCCUGCGUGAACAUACAACUUUGCGUUCCAACACGGUCCACACUACGCCUUUUCUUUACGGAUUCUUGGGCAUGCGCUGGUUUUCUGCACAUGUCGGGUACACAUGAUCCGGAUGCCGCCAUCCAUGCGCCCUGGUUUGUGGAGGGACGCUUUGAUGUGCAUCUUUAUUAUCAUGAUUGGCCGGAUCCCUAUGAGCCCACUUCGCCGACAGUGCUUGACUCCGAAGUUCAGUCCAGCUCUUCUGCAUGCACGGUGGAAUAUACUCGGGAUGACAAUGUUGAUGAUGGACCGCUCUUGCUGCGCUUGUCAUUCUAUGUAGGUACCCCGAGUCUGCCGCUGAUCGAGCCUGACCCUAGUCACACCGCGGAGUGUAUGGCCAGGCACUUUCUACGCGUUGGCAGCUUCUUUGAGGAUCAACUAUCUUCGUUGUGGGACCUACUUCCACAUGACAGCCCACGUGGACAUCAAACACUUUUCGACGGAGACUCCACUGCUGCAUUCUCGUUCACCACGGGUGCUUUUCAGGCUGGCGGACUGGUCGGCAUACGCAGCAACGCGCUUCAGAUGCCAUGGGUCACUGCAUUGCUUUGUCGUAUUGUGCACUCUGUAUUGCUUGGCGAGGGUGCUGAGGAUCAUCACUUCACUUCGCUUUCGCUCUUGAGGAAUGUGCAUUCUGGCAUACAUAGAGAUGCAGAUUUAGAACGGGUGGGUGGGAGGGAGCGCCUCCUUGAAUGGGCAAAUUUGACAUGGAAGAGGGACAGCAGUGCUUUGGAUGAUCACUUGAUUUAUGCUGUCCGUGUUUCUACCACUACAUCUGAGAAGCAGCCCUGGGAGAGGGGCGACAUCCUGGCGCCUCGAUCAGCUUUCUCGUCUCCCUUCCCGAGUGUCGGCAGGCCUCAGGUAGCUGCGCAAGUUCUGCCUGCCCCAAGUUCGUCUCCUGCAGGAGCUGUUACAACUUCUGUGGCUGUUAAAGUAUUGGGCAAGCUGCCGGCUACGAAGGGGCCUAGUUGGGAGGAGAAAUUGACUGAUAACAGGCGGGCUGCAGUGGCAAAAUGGGAGGCUCUUCUUAUGUCUCACGGCGAGCACUUUGAUUGCUACAGGGGAGUCAGUGGCGACGCCAGUGCGGGACGCAAGGCAGAUCUGGUUCAGACGCUGAAGGACUGUUUUGCGGGCAAGGCGAGCGCGACUCUGCACUCGAGAGUGGGACCGAUGAUGCGUUAUGUAAAGUUUACCAAAUCUGCUGGUCUUGAUGCUUUUCCUUUGACUGAGAGCGUCUUAUAUGUAUUCAUGGAUCAGUAUUGUCGGACGGCGGCGGCAACCUUUGGAAGGAGCUUCCUUGAGUCUCUGAAUUUCGCUGUGCAUGUCUUGGGCCUCGAUCUGCAUGUGACCAUCAGUGGCAGGAUACAAGGGGCCCUGGGUGCUAAUCUGGUGCUUCUAGCGAGUGGGGCGGGUCGCUACAUGGACUACGAGGGCAGCGAGUCCUCCGUGCCAAGAGUCGUGCCGCCGCCAGCCACGCAGUACAGGCGGCCGGGUGAUUCAGACGAGCCGCUGCCGGUGGCUCUGCAGUGUACCAAGGUUGUGCCCGUCUUUGAGGCUGUGCUUAAGAAGCCCAGGCUACAGGCAGGCGAGAAGGCCGGUGUCGAUCGAGAAAAUGUCCUACGUCGGUGGCUCUGUGUUCUGAGCCACUCACCUGGUGCCUCGAGGUUGGGGGUUCUCAUUUGGGCGAAAGGCGAAUCUGACCCCUUGGGGGUCGUGGCGCAGGCCUUGGCUGGGAAAGCAACAUCGACUUUGCUUAAGCGAGCCCGAUUUUCUGCACGAUUCAUUUGUUGGGCCGACAAGCAUCAUGUGAAGGCUUUCCCGGUGAGCCUCGAUUUUCUUGUGAGCUUCCUCAAACCACUUGCAGCCGAAGCCAGGAACAGUGCCAUUCGUGAGGCUAUGGAAACUGUGAAUUUCCUGGAACAUGUUCUCGGAAUUGAGGUCGAACAAGGAAUCAGUGACAACCCUUGGGUCAAGGGUGCGCUGCGGGGAGCCAACAUUCGCACCUGUGACCCGAGACGUUCGAGAGUCCUGAAGGUCGAGGAGGUGCUCCUCCUCGAAGGAGCGCUGAUAGAGGGAGCCCUUGACAAGGUGGACAGGUACGCUACAGGGGUCUUCUUGUUCCAGCUUUACUCCAGGGCUCGAGUGUCCGAUCUGAGGAACAUUUCGAAGCUUGAGCUUGACCUUGAUGGCGAUACGGGUUUCAUCGAGGUCAGAACUUAUGAGCACAAGAAUUGCCGGUUGAGCAGUGGACCGGGGGCCGUGCUCAUUUUGGUUGCGCCGUACCAUGGGCUCCACCAGAAGCCUUGGGGCGCCGCUUGGGCAGAGGCGGCGAAGGCCGUUGGCUUCGACUUCGAGAAGGGGCAUCGCGGGCCGUUGCUCCCCCGCCUGGCCUGCGAUUACUCUUGGAGCGGGGAUGCCAUCGAUGCCAACGAGACCACUACAUGGAUCAGGGCGCUGCUUUCACGGCUGCAAGCGGCCGAAGAAGAUCUUACAUUCUCCUCGCACGGCUUGAAGGCAACGCCGCUUUCUUGGACCUCGAAGGCUGGAUACAGUGAGAGGACGCAACUUGUCCUGGGACACCAUAGCUUAGGUCCAAGUGGGAAAACGCAAGAAGCUUACGCUCGCGAAGUGCAGGCGCAGCCGCUACGAGAUCUUGCAGAAUGUCUUGGUGCCAUCCGGCAGGGGGUUUUCCAUCCGGAUCGCACGAAGAGCGGGAUGAUUGCAGGAGGUGCGACCAUCCGUGAGUCGCGAUUCUCUUUGGCACCCUUGGGUCGUGCCAAUCUUUCGCCAUCUCACGAGAGCUUCGAGUGCGCUCCCGAGGUUGAGCUGGCCGAGGAUGGAGGCGUAGAACCUCCUGAUGAUCAGGACCUGGGUGAACAAGAAGACGUUCACGAAGCCUCGAGCAGCGAGUCUGAGAGUUCCGGUGAGUCCGAGGAGGAGACUCAUUAUGAGAGUUUUGGAGCAGGCGAGGCGCAGAAUGCGAUCCCGUCUGUGAACAUGGGCCCUGAUUUAGACAUUUUUCAGAACCCGAAGACCAAGAGCCUUCACUCACGAGCGAAGGGUUCUACUGGCAAGUUGAUCUGUGGAAGGUCGCUUGACAAUAUGAAGCCUUUCAGUGGAAAGGUCUUCAGCAGUAGAUGGCUGUGCAAGCAAUGCACAGCAGGCCGGCCCCUCCGCGACGCAGGGGCCAUGGCGAGUUUCAUCGCUAAGAAGCAGGGAUCGGAGAUCAUGGCGCAAACCCUUGUAGAGUCCAAGGCAGUCUUCCUGGAGCGAGCCAAACGUGUGGGCCUCCCUCAGGAAGCAGUGGAUCGCCUUGUUGCACAGACCAUCGACACGAUGGCGAAGCUAGCGUUCGCCCCUUGCCAGCCCGGCGAGACGCCGACCGAGGAGUCGUUGUCGGCCCUCAUCAAGGUGGGAGGUGCAGCCCCGCCGUUGGGAUCCAUCGCAGCGGUUCGACACCUGGUGUUCGAAGCACAGACCCUCUUGGUCAGCCAGACCAAGGCACUCGUUGAGAACAAGGAGAACGAGGUCAAGGAGUUAGCCCCCGCGGAGCGCCGCGAGCGCAUCCGAGCACAGGCCAACAAACUUAGAGGCAUCACCAUGUCUGGCCAGACUGAGUGCAGCUACGCCUCGUAUGACCUCUGCAUGAAGCUCCUUACUGAUAACUGCAUCAGCUACCUUUCCCCGGCCAAGUUCAUCACUCGUGAAGCUGAGCUGCGUUCCGAGAAACCGCGGAAGGAGUUGGAUGUACAGGCUUCAACACUGGUCGUGAGAGAUCGUGACCCCGAUCAGUCAUGCGAUACUUCCACUGCACUGAGCCUUCACCAUGCCAUGCACCGUCGAAGCCUUGCUCUUGACUUGAUCGGUGUGACUGAUUACUUUAGGGUUCAGGGCUUCGUGGAUUUCCUCUUGGGCCACCUUCAUCAGGAGCCCAUUGCUGGCAGCCGUGCCACUUCUGUGCAACAAAUUCUGCAUGCGGACCGUGCUGCCUGGAUGCGCCUGGCAGAGCUUACCCCCGACGGGAUUCGUCGAGAUGCAGCCGGGGCUUUGCCUCUUGACAGUUUGUGGGCCCGCUUGCAGACUGACCCGAAGGUGAUUUUUCAUCUCCUCCCGCGAGAAGGUGGUGCCCUCAAGCGGGAGAGCACCGAGCUCAAACCUGAGCCCACAGACACCCCGACCAAGAAGCAGCGCAAAGGUACCGGCAAGGGAAAAACCAAGACAUUGCGCGAGCCUAGCAAUCUUCCAGAAGAACUCAAGGGCCUUUCGUCUUGGACUAAGACCGGAAAGCCCCGACAGCGUGCCAGCACCGUGUUUUCCAUCGCCCAGUGUUUCAUUGGAUGCUUCACUGAGCUGCGAGCCCUGUGGAGGGGCCGCUACUUGAUGCCGGGCACUCUCUUUGCGGUGCUGCGCGAGCUCGGUGAUUCCGCUGACAUCAGAAAGCUUGGAACGCACAGCUUAAAGAGGACCUUGUUGAGCUGGCUUGCUAAAUAUGGAACUGAACAAGGCGUGAGGGCCAUUUUGGGUUACCACAGCACUCACUGUGGAACGGAGUUGGUAUAUGCCAGGGACACGCUGAGCGGCCCAUUGCGGCAGCUUGGAUCCGUUGUGAGUGCUGUGGCAUUGGACCACUUCCGGCCUGACAGCACGCGCUCGGGAUAUUUUCCCAGUCGCAAGGGUCGAGAAGAUGCAGGCUUCGAUCCCAAUGCUCCGGAGCAAGAAGAGCUUGACAGUUCUUCCAGUGGAAGUGAGGACGAGGAGGCUCCGGAUCACGAUGAGGUCGAGAAGGCCUGUGAUGCUCUGGCUUCCUGGGAGCCUCGGCCGGGUCUUCGUGAUCUGAUCGGCGAGGGUCCCGUCUUCAAGCAUAAGACUACGAGGGUCAUCCAUUUGAUGGCCAGCAGUGAUGAAGGUGAUCGCUUUGUCUGCGGUCGCAAGCCGUCAACUAGCUACAUCCAGACGGCUGUGCCUAAUGUUUUGUUUCCUCUUUGCAGGCAAUGCUGUCCUGACCAGGACGGGCCUUGA